UAAUUGCCUUUCAAAUUAAAUGCUUCGACUGAGUUAUCCCUUUCCUCAUUCAUUACAUUACGGACUCUGGAAAUUUUCUCUAUAUGUAACAAAACAAAACAAAGAAGACUGAUAGAUAUGUCCCUCAGGCAGGCUGAGCAUCUAUCUAAUUGUACAAGAGGAGACCAACUCAUCGAUAGCUCCUAGAUUAUAACAGGAGGAUUGUGAUGGAUGCCAAUGGGAAAGCUUCAAAAAGUGGCGAAAUUGGCAGGACAGAGAACAACUACAAGUCAAGCCCAACUCAUCCCGGAGCUGAAGUGGUGCUUGUAAUCUCCGGCCACGCUUCGACAACUAGUAAUGGUGUGGAUUCAGCUCAGCCUUCCCCAGAGAUUGCUCGGUUCAGUCCUAGCCCCAACAAGCCUCCCAAAAUCCCCACCACUGAGACCCUAACUCGACGAAAAUCACUCUCGAGGUCAGUGUUCUCAAAACCCAAGUCAAGAUUUGGGGAACAAUCUGUGCCAAUUGAUUCCAAUUUGCUUCAAGAAAUUACUUCAGUGAUGCAACAAAGAAGUGAACAAACCGUGUUUUCGCCUAAUACAAACUUAUCUAGCCGGGAAUCGCCCACUAACAAAAUGGCACCCACUACUAGUACACUCAAGGAGAGUAUGAAGAUAAUGUCGAUGACUCCCAGGACUCUUUUCAUGGCGUCACCGGGAGGUGUGGGAGUAGAGAAUGAGAAUGAGAAUGAGAAUGAUGAUGAGGAUGAGAAUGAACAAAUCUAUAAGAAAGUGAGUAGUCAACAUAAAUUGAAGUAUCAGAAAUUGAAAAUGAAGGUUCUGAUUGAAUGGGUUGUGUUUUUUUCCAUCUUGGGAAUGUUCGUGGCUAGCUUGACUGUCCACAAAUUACAACAAUACAUGAUUUGGGGUUUGGAAGUUUGGAAAUGGUUUCUGCUUGUAUUGGUGACCUUUUUCGGCAUGUUGGUUACCAAAUGGUCUAUUCGUUUUGUUGUUUUCUUGAUUGAACGAUACUUUUUAUUCAGAAAGAACGUGUUGUACUUUGUUCAGGGUUUGAAAAGGAGUGUUCAGGUCUGUAUCUGGUUGAGUCUGGUUCUCCUUACUUGGGUUUUGUUGUUCAAUCGUACAGUGGAUAGAUCAGCCAAGGCCACUAGGAUUUUCGACUGUGUUACUUGGAGUAUUGUUUCUUUGCUCAUUGGGUCGUUCUUAUGGGUCUAAUUAAAGACAACGCUACUAAAGAUUUUGGCAUCAUCUUUCCAUCUCAAUAGAUUCUUCGACAGGAUUCAAGAAUCAAUCUUGCAUCAAUACAUUCUCCAAACCCUUUCAGGGCUUCCAGUUAUGGAGUCAGCCCAAAUGAUUAGGAGAGCGAGCAGCACUAGUCAUUUGAGUUUCCAAUUAAAACAGAAAGGAAAGGAAGGGAAAAAAAAAGAGGUGAUUGAUAUAAAUAAGCUUUAUAAGAUGAAGCAGGAAAAAGUUUCUGCUUGGACCUUGAAGUUGUUGGUCGAUGUGAUAUCGAGCUCAGGGCUAUCCACCAUUUCCAAUGCACUUGAUGAAAGUUUUUAUGAUGGAGGAGGUGAACAAACAGAUAAGGAGAUUACCAGUGAGAUGGAAGCAAUUGCUGCUGCCUAUCAUAUUUUCAAGAAUGUUGCUCCUACUGAUUGCGAGUAUAUCAAUGUGGAGGACCUAAGCAGAUUCAUGAUUAAGGAAGAGGUGGAUCUCGUGUUUCCACUGUUUGAAGGAUCAGAGACGGGACGAAUUGACAGAAAAUCUUUAACGGAAUGGGUGGUGAAAGUUUUCAAAGGCCGGAAAACUCUUGCACAUGCUUUAAAUGAUACCAAAACAGCUGUGAAGCAAUUGAACAAACUUGUAACGGGGAUCCUUCUUGUGAUUAUGAUUAUUGUGUGGCUUCUUUUAAUGGAAAUUGCAACCACAAAAAUACUUGUUUUCCUCUCAUCACAGCUUCUGUUAGCAGGUUUUAUGUUUAAAAACAUUUGCAAAACCAUAUUUGAAGCUAUCAUAUUUGUAUUUGUGAUGCAUCCGUUUGAUGUUGGUGAUCGUUGUGUCGUAGAUGGUGUUCAGAUGAUAGUUGAAGAAAUGAAUAUCUUAACAACUGUCUUCUUAAGAUAUGAUAAUGAAAAGAUAUACUAUCCAAAUUCAGUUUUGGCUACCAAACCCAUCAGCAAUUUCUACAGAAGCCCAGACAUGGGUGAUUCUUUGGAGUUCUCUAUUGAUUUCACAACACCAGUGGAGAAGAUUGGGGCUCUAAAAGACAACAUAAAGAAGUAUUUGGAGAAAAAUUCCCAACACUGGCAUCCUAAUCACAGUGUGGUAGUGAAGGAAAUUGAGAAUGUCAACAAGAUAAAGAUGGUUCUUUUUUUUAAUCAUACGAUGAACUUUCAAGAAUAUGGAGAGAAGAACAGGCGGAGAUCUGAACUGGUCAUAGAGAUGAAGAAAUUUUUUGAAGAGCUGGGUAUCAAAUAUAAUCUACUGCCUCAAGAAGUUCAUCUUGUUGAGUCAGCAAUGACUACUAGGACUGCCAAAUAACUAUUGUCUUGGCUUGAGACUUCAUGAGUCUUAUCUGCGAAGUGCUAUGAGAAGGGGAGGAUAUUCUUUUACCCAUGCGUUGAGGAAGGUGAGUGUGGUUGUGUUGAGGACAACGCUGAAGCUGUCUGCUUUUAUUUCUUCAUUUCUACAUUCUCGGUGACAUUUUCAUAUCAGAUAUGUUACCAUCUGUAAAAAAGAAAUCGAUCAAUUUGGCUUACGCAGUAUUCAGUCAAGCUUGCUGUGUAGUUACCUAUGUGUAAUUAAGAUAUUCAUGACUUUGUUUUGGUGAGUCAAAUAGAGAUAAGAAGGAAAGGGGUGAUCUUGCUCUGAUAUUCUCUUAGGCCCUUUGAUAUUUUCUCAGGGCAUUGGCCUGUUGUUUUGAUACUGUAGUCAAGUGGUCCUGCAACUGGUUUACCUUACUGGACCAUGAUUAGUUGGAUUUUAGUGGACUAGAUGGUCCUAUAUCCAGUCCAUGUGACCCACCAAGGGUCCUAUCACGGUAAACUUGUUUUUACUAUAUUUUGCUAUGCCUUGUUUGGGUGUGAUGUGAUCAUAUUGCACUAAUUUGGGUGCAGCUCACCAAUACUAAUGCUUGGUUGAGUAACUACUUGUGAAGUCUUUGGUUUGCAACCCUAAGAAAAUAUAAAAAAUAUUAUGUUGCAA